AGCAACCGGCGCGUCCCCGCCCGGCGGUCAGCUGAUGGGCCGCCCGCGGGGGAGGCCGCGGCUCGAACAUGGCGGCCGAGAUCCACUCCAGGCCGCAGAGCAGCCGCCCGGUGCUGCUGAGCAAGAUUGAGGGCCACCAGGACGCCGUCACCGCAGCGCUUCUCAUCCCCAAGGAGGACGGCGUGAUCACCGCUAGCGAGGACAGAACCAUCAGAGUAUGGCUGAAAAGAGACAGCGGCCAGUACUGGCCCAGCAUCUACCACACAAUGGCCUCUCCUUGCUCUGCCAUGGCUUACCAUCACGACAGCAGACGGGUGUUUGUGGGCCAGGAUAACGGGGCUGUAAUGGAAUUUCACGUUUCUGAAGAUUUUAAUAAAAUGAAUUUUAUCAAGACCUAUCCAGCUCAUCAGAACCGAGUGUCUGCCAUCGUCUUCAGCUUGGCUGCCGAGUGGGUGGUCAGCACGGGCCACGACAAGUGUGUGAGCUGGAUGUGCACGCGCAGCGGGAACAUGCUUGGCCGUCACUUCUUCUCGUCAUGGGCUUCCUGUCUGCAGUACGAUCUGGAUACUCAGCAUGCAUUUGUGGGCGAUUACUCGGGACAGAUCACCCUGCUGAAGCUGGAGCAGAACUCCUGCUCAGUUAUCACCACCCUCAAGGGCCAUGAAGGUAGUAUCGCCUGCCUUUGGUGGGACCCUAUCCAGCGGUUACUCUUCUCAGGAGCAUCCGACAACAGCAUCAUCAUGUGGGACAUCGGGGGUCGGAAAGGCCGAACACUCCUCCUUCAGGGCCACCAUGACAGGGUGCAGUCACUGUGCUACCUGCAGCUCACCAGGCAGCUCGUCUCCUGCUCGGCGGAUGGCGGAAUUGCGGUGUGGAACAUGGAUGUUAGCCGAGAAGAGGCUCCUCAGUGGUUAGAAAGCGAUUCCUGUCAGAAGUGUGAGCAGCCCUUCUUCUGGAAUAUAAAGCAGAUGUGGGACACGAAGACACUGGGGCUGAGGCAGCAUCACUGCAGGAAGUGUGGGCAGGCCGUCUGUGGGAAGUGCAGCAGCAAGAGGUCCAGCUACCCUGUCAUGGGCUUUGAGUUCCAGGUUCGAGUUUGUGAUUCCUGUUAUGACUCCAUCAAAGAUGAGGACCGCACUUCUCUAGCAACGUUUCAUGAAGGAAAACAUAACAUUUCCCAUAUGUCCAUGGACAUUGCGAGGGGACUGAUGGUGACCUGUGGGACAGAUCGUGUUGUAAAGAUAUGGGAUAUGACUCCUGUGGUGGGCUGCAGCCUGGCAACUGGAUUUUCUCCACACUGAUCCUGGAGCUGGAUGUAGUCAUGUGAGCACGUGGAGAAAACAGUGUGACACCACCCCAUAGAUCACAUCUGCUCUGGACCUGAGGCGGACACACCAUGGACAAGACACGUAAGUCCAUUGUCUGCACUGAGCACAGUAGAGAUGUUUGUGGUUUGGGCCAGGGGAGGUGGUUAGGGGAGUGUGAGCUUCAGCUGCAGCCUAGCCUAACUUCUCUAGCACUAUUUCACUUUUGCAUUGUGAAGUUAUAUCUUCUCCUUUCUGAUGACCAGACUAGAGGAAGAGGAACUGGAGCUGGAGAGACGGCUCUGCAGUGCAGGUCCUCUGCUCUUGUGGAGGAAUUAAGGGAAGGGCCCUGAGGAGGGAAUGCAGGCUGUUUGAAUGCACUUGGCCCCUCACAUGAGCCCGUGGCCACACCUCCUUUCAAAACUUGCACGCCAGGCUCCCCUUACGUGUACUCUCUGAUAUUCCCAGUAAUCAAGUUACUGUUAGUGAAAACGCUCUUCAAAAGUUAUGCUGUGCAGUUUUCCUCAAGCUGUUGGAAGGAGAGGAAUUGGAGAGCAGUUCCUGAAAGGCCGAUUGUCUCAGCCAAACCAACGACACUGACGGGGGAGGAAGGCAAGGCACAUGGUCAAGCAGAAAUGUGUUUCUGGAUUGACCGGUGUGAGAUGCUCCCUAAGACACACAAACACACACACACACACACACACACACACACACACACACACACACACAAGUACACACACACAUGCACGCAUACACACACACAAGUACACACACACACACACACACACACACACAAAUAGAAAUACACACACACAAAUACAAAUACACACACACACACACACUCUGUUGAGAUAGGGCUUCAUGCAGUCCAGACAGUCCGCAGACUGUGUAGCCAAUGGCGACCUUUCCUUGGGAUCCUCCUGCCCCUCUUCCCAGUGCUGGGAGUGUGUUGUAAGCUCUUCCCAUGCUGUCGAUUGUCUUCCUUUAGGGCCCUGCAGAGCAUCUAAUAACCCUUUCUCCAGGAGUCCUGCUCUGAUCCCGAGCGAAUCCCAAAUUGCAAUUGUGUACUGAAAAUGUGGCGUACAUGUCCCACGUGUGGUUAUAUUUAUAUAUGAUAAAAAAGUAAUAGUUACUGAUAAGUAAAGUCGGUCAGCCUUGCAGAUGUAAACCCGAACACAAAGCCCCGGUCAGUUGUUUCUUCAAGUAAUAUCCCAGCACCAGCCACCAAACAGCUUCUGUCCCCAUGUUCCAUGGUUUUUCUAACCAGUCUCCCCACUCCUGUCAGUCUGCUGUCACAUCUGAUGCAGCAUGACUCAGAUCAUGCUGUUCUGUAAGCCCAACUCACAACUCUUGUCCCAUCCACAGUAGAAGAAUGCUUUCAUUUUCCUCACCCCUCCUUUCAGCUGUGGUCUCUCAUUCUUAUCUCUUACCUCUGCCCUUGUCAUCAUCUUUCUAACUUGUAAAAUAUUUUAUUUGUGUGUUUGUUUACUUAUUGACAGGGGGGACAAACUUGGCCCCAGGAGCAGGUUUUCCCCCUAUCAUGUGAGGUCCUAGGGUUCGAACUCUGGUCCUCGGUCUCGUUAGUGCCUGCCUUCAUUCUCUGAGCCGUCUUGUCAGCCCCUCCCGCCUCUAUGACUAGGGAGUUUGUGGAUAAGCUCAUGAGCAUAUUGUCAUGCACAGCAACGGUGUUUGCCUGAUGCUUUGAGGAUAUGGGUCAGCGGUAGAGCACUGCCUGGCCAGUGCAGAGUGGACGGAGAGAAACACUUGGCACGGGCCAUGCCUUAGCCACUUAAGUUAAUCAGUAAAGAACAACAGUCCAUCUUCUUUAAAGUAUCGGUGCUAGCCCAGUUUGUGCCAAUCAGCUGCUGUGAAGUGGUGUGCAAGUGAAAAGCAAGUGGUGUGAAUUCGCUCAGGGUGAGCCUGGAGUAGGGCUGCUGGGAGGACAUUUCCUCACAGCCACCCUCCCACCACCUCCCUUCCCUGGCAGGCUGCUGGCACAUUAACCAAAGGCUGGAAGUGGUAUAAGAUAGAGGUAUAAGACAGACUAUAAAGUUGAUGAGCCACAGAGGCCAUGGUGAGGUGUUGGUCUUCCUAAAACAGCAGAGUCUACUUUGGUGGGGGGAGGGGCUUCUUAUCAUGAGGCUGUAAGAACCCACCCUCAGUUUUAUGCUCUUGUGGAUGCUGUCGUAUUUCUUAAGUUAUUUCCACAGAGCUUCAUACCUUCCUCCUAUGAAGUGGUGAUAUCUCUUGUGUUCCCCCUAAAACUGAGCCUACUUCAGUGAAUUUCAGUGGCUCACCAGGCCAGCCUUGGUAACUCUGGGAAACUGGUAGAAGGUAAAACAUGUGAUUCUGAGGCUAGGUCAGAAAAUGGCAUGAAGUUCUCAUCUGUCUGGGAAAACAGCUCCAGCUGACAGCCAGCACAAGCAUCCAGCCUUGUGAGUGUCCCAUCCUGGACAUCCAGCGCAGCCCAGCUUUUUGGUUGCCGUAGAUGCAGCCAGCAACAUCUGGAACGUCAGGAGGCACCAGAAACAGGCACUGCUGUGGGACCCUGCUCUCAGAUUCCUGACCCACAAAAGUGUGGACAAGAAAACAGACUUUUAAAGAGUGUUAGUGUGCUUUGCAGUGUGCAGCGUGGUGUCCUGACAUGUAAAGCCCCAGUCUCCAAGUUCCUCGUUAGAUUCCCAGCAUGCAGAACUGUCUGGAAAGAAGAGCUGUAGCCCACAGUGGUAGAACACAUGUGAGGGGCCACUGCAGAAACCAGUUGCUUUUCCACCAGGGCCAGCUGAAGCCAUUCUCUCCUUCACCUCCUUCCCUCUACUAUCCCAAGACCAAGUUUUGUUUGUUUCUAACCAUAUUGAUUUCGGUUUUGAACCAACAGGCAUGGGAUAACCAAAACAUUAUAUUAACAGAAUAUAGAGGCACUGGAGUUCUACAGUGUUUGUAAAUUAUGCAUGGAGAUUAGAGCAGUGAGAAAAGCUUUGAGUCACUGAAUUUUCUGCAGUCUGCUACAUGUGAUUCUUGUCUUUUAAGCCUGUGUCUUUGUUGACACGCAGUUCACUUGUUGAAAAAACCUUGAGCAUAAAGCAAAGCUCGGCUGUGGUGAGCUUACAUUCUUACAGAGGGAAACAGUGACUCAACAAAUAGAUCACUUGUACAGUGUACCAGAAAGUAAUAAGCGGGAGGAAGCAAACAGAAGGAGCAGGUUUCUAGAGAUGGAAGGCGGAUGGGAGGUGUGGUAGGAGGCGGCUUGCCAAGUUAAACUGUGGUCAGAAUGACACAUGUACAAAGAUUUUAAAGGAGAGAGCAAAGCCAGAAACAAGGAAAACGAUCCAGGGAAGAGAAAACAGCUGACAUGUGUGUUCGGUCUGUCCCCAGACUGCAUGUGACCAAGGAGCUAUGAAUUAAACCAAGCACAAAGUUGUAAACGUGCUUAAAACACUAAGGUUUCUCUUUCUUUUCUUUUUUAACUUAAAACACUUGAUUGCAAACUUCUCAUGCCUGAACUUGUUUACGACAGUGUUAUGAUGUGAUGUCAAAAGGCCAGACACACCUGGAUAGAGCAAGAGGUCCAGGCCUUCACAGCAAGCUUCGCGUGUCUGGAGAAAAGCAAUGAUCUAGAGUGUGUAUAGCCAAAGAAGUGAUGGGGAGCCUCUCCAGAACCUGUGAAAGUCCAGACAAGAGAUACGACACACAAAAGAAGAGAAUGAACUUAUUCACUGUGGUCACAUUUGGGAACAGAAGCAGGGAUCAAAGCCAGGUGUGCUAGCACACACCUUUAAUCCCAGCACUCAGAAGGCAGAGCAGGUGGAGCUCUGAGUUUGAGGCUGACCCAGUCUAUGAAAUGAGUUCUGGGACAGCCAGGGCUGUUACAACCCUGUCUCAAAACCACAAAGGAAAAGACGGCGUUGUCUAUUAACCCCAAGUACAACCUCAGUACACUAACAUGAGGUUUAGGUUUCAAGAGAGCCCAGAGGUAUGCAUAUUUAAGCAGUCCUGGUCAAGAUAUGGUCCUAGCUGUCACUGGUCCACCAUCUCUGAUCCAGUUCAUCCUGCAAGGUAUCCUCAGGGAAGUAUCCAGGUCUGUGUGAAGUCUUCCUGGCAGCCACUUUGUCAUUUUGCUGUCAUGAGCGAAGGCCCUUUGUACUUUCCCUCACAGGAGAUUCUUCGGAGGUUUUAGUGGUUCAGGGGUUCAUUCAGGAAAUGCAGCAGCUGGACAGCACAGUUGUCCCUCUUUAACAUCUCUUUGCCUCUGCCUGGAUGGUGACAAGGUCAGGGCACAGCUUGGAAGACAGCACAACACCAGGAGUUGAGUAUCUCCCACUUCCCGAUGGAGUCGUGAUGAGUCUGGGGUGCCACUUAGUUCCAUUUCUGUUGCUGUGCUGAAGUAUGAUGACUAACAGUAACUGAGGCAAGACUUGUUGCUUUUCCCAUAAUCCUAACUGUCACGGCCAGGGUGUGUCACGAAGUGCCUGUCUGAAUGCUUGGCCCGGAUGGGGGAGCCGGAUCUUCAGCCUCUCGCCAGCAGCAAGGAAUCAGGAAGUACAGCAUGCUCAGAGUUCUCCAGUCCCACCUCUAGCAGGGCUCCACUCCCUAAAGCUCCAUAGCUUUCACACACAGCACAGUGUUCAGUGUUCCCUAUGGGGAACAUUUCCUCAGCCUGCUACGGGCGCUUUUAAACAGUCUUAUCCCUUACCCCUAAGUAAACUUUUGUCUCCAUAAAGCUUGGGUGUCAGCGCCAUGGAUUUAAUGAAGGUUUUGGGUUGUGUUGUUUUGUCUGUUUGUUGUGCUUUGUUUUUAACUCACAUUUCAAGUAUAACUUGUGAAAAUCAACAAAUAAAAAUUACCAAAUGUAUAUUGUAGCCAAGAAUCAAAGUGCCUAUCUUAAUUCCUAGCCUGGGAGAAGUUAAACCAGGAAGACCAUGUGCUCCUGUCUCAAGAAAACAAAAUUAAACAAACAAAAGAUACUUCAAUUUCUUUCACAAUCUUUAUGUGGAAUUAUAACAAAAUUUAAAUUUCUAAUUACACCAUAAUUUAUUUGUGCCUGGUAUCUGGAAAUGUGAGAUAGAUACAUUUCAUGAUGUUGGAAGUAAAACUAACAGAUUCAAGAGCCUGGUGAGAACGUGGCAGUCUUUAAUACACAGUCCCGCAGGAAGGGAUGCUAGCACAGAGAAAGGGCAGAAAUGCUGGUGCACUUACUUAAUGCAUGAUUGGUCUUAAAGUGCCCUGGUGGUGAUCAAUCCCUGUCCUCCCAUUGGCUGGGACUUGCCCCUUCCCCAAACUCUCCAUCUUGUUGGUUUAGCACUCAGAUAAUUAUUUAUUACUAAUUAAGUAAUCUGGAGCGUGAGCCUGCCCCCCCCCCUUCUGAUUUUGGGCUCUGUCACUUAGCAGACUGACUGUAAUGUUCCAUUGCUCUGACUUCCGAGAUAGUCGGCCUGUGCUGCCAGCCAGGAGAGGUGCCGAGGACCUCCUGCUCAUGUCUAACUCUGAUGAACUCUAAGUACACAUUCUAUUGAAAAUGGAUGAUCACAAUCUAUUUCUUACAAAAUGGAUUCUCAGAAUUAUAAAGAAAACAUUUAAAUGUCCCUUGCAAAUAUUAAGCAGAUGAUAGUUGGGUGAGUUUGAACCAUUCAUGGGAAGAUGGGAAGAAGAAACUUUACUCUUCUGAUUUCCAACAGGCAGUAGAUGAAGACAGCCUUCUGAGGAGUCUAGCAUUGUCUGUGUUCAAUUGUAUUCAUGGAUGACAGUAUCCAGCUAAGCAUCUAAUUCGCAAAUGCAUUGCAGUUUUACAAAUGCUCUUGCCCAUCACAAACUUGCCUCUGUGCUCAGUCAUUUCAGUUACUCUUACAUCUCUCAACUUAAACAAUCUGCUCUCUCUUCAUGAGGGCAGUGGAGUCUCAGCACAUGCAGUAUUGAUGUAUUUACACCGCUUGCCAGUAUCUCAAAAGCCAAGGCACAGCCCUAUACAGAGGUGAGUGGAUUCAGAAGGCAAACACCAUUACAGAUGUUACCUGGUGCUUGCCCCUGGUAUCUGGAGACUGGCGCUUAAUGGGAUGUAAUGGGCAGUUCACCUAUGCCUAGUAAGUCUUAAAGCCUAGCUACUUUCUUCUGGUAUCAAGGGGCCUUAUGAGAGUUAAUUCAGCAAAAAUAAACAUCUGUCAUAGGCAUUUCUGGUGACGUGAAAGAAAAUUAGGUGUUACAGAAACGGGUUGGUGAAUCUCGUUACUAGAGGUUGUAGGACCAAAGCCUGGGCUCUCGCAGCCACAACAAGCUAACUUGGCCAUCCAUCAUCAACAGGCCAAUCGAAGAGAUGCGUAAUAGUGAAAAGCACAAAAAAGAGAUUUAUUCAAAGUUGCCAUGUUGGGAAGGAGAACAAAUAGUGACCCUGUCAAGUUCAUCACGGGGUCCUGACACAAGGUUUAGGCAGAGGGCAAGAAUAUUCAUAAUAACAAUCAGUCAAAGUCCGCUGUGGUUCUGUCCAUCUGAGCCAUCCUCAUCAAAGCCUCUCCAAGGUGGUUUACAACUUGUCAGCACUGUCUGAGAUACCUUCCUGGGUGAAGUUUCUCCUCAGGCUGGAAUCAGGCCUCCAACUUUUCCCUUCUACCAGCAGGAGAUCCCUGAAGAAGUUACAAUUCCGAAGUUCGAUGAAGUUUUUAUUAUAACACAACAAAGAAACUCAGAAAUUAAGACCCUUUUUCAGAUAGCAUUGGUUGAAAACAGAGGCAUGGGAAGACCUCUGUUACAGCCUCAGAUGCCACCUGAUGGCAUUCAGCUUUUGGUGGGUAGUUACUAGUGGUGGACUACAUUAAUAUGUAGUGGAGGAAAGUCAGUCCUGCCUGUGUACAUUCCAAGGAUUGACCUAGUGGUCACAAAGCUGUUAGGUACAAAGAACAGUAAGAGCUAAAGAUGACCCAAGAAAAUUUGGCCCGGGCUUUGCAACAUUCUAAACCCUCCAGUCAUUUAAGUUGUAUUUGGUUAGUCAGCCUUGAAGAAGAGUCAUCUUGGAGGUUGUAGCUUUUUCCUGGAAUUUUCUCUCAUAUAAGCAAGGUAUGUCUCGCCUCUGUAAGUAUAACUUUUAUUUGCCAGAUGUAAUUGUUGUCUUGGAGGUUACUGCUGAAUAACUCACCACCCCUUCUAGCUCUUUCUGAACUCUGCCUGGCUGGUUCAACUCGGCUAUUCUGGUGAAAACUCCUCUUCAAACCGACUGAUCCAAUAUGGCUUCUCUAGCUUCUCACUGAAUUGUUCUGCUUGACCUCAAAUUAACUCCGACAAUCUGUUUUAAUCUUCUGGCUCCUUCUCAUCCUCUGACUCCUUCUGUCUUCACCUGUAACCUAUCUCUGUAAAACUGCUCUUUCUAAGUUGCCUCUCUUUCCUGUCUUUGUGAUAGUUGGGCAUAUGAUAUCACUCACUUAUUCUAUCAAAUCUUUCUCUGACCCAUCAUUUUGUCUGCCCUUCAACUCAAUGCCACUCUCAAACACUGAUGCUUCCUCCUGCAAACUAACCUUACCUACACUGUUUGAGAUUACAGGUGUGUACUAAGGGUGUGUUUAUAUUCUAGCCAGAGGGAUUAAAGGUGCGUGUCAUGUCUGCAUUCCAGCAGGAUCACUCAGAUGUAGGUCUUUAGAUGUGAUCCCUUGUCCUAGAAGCCAUAUUGUUGGCUAAAAAUUCCUCUACAAGCCACAACAGGCUAAACAGCAUCCAUUGUAGUUGACCAUAUUGGGAGAAAGAACAAAUCAGAGGUCUAGUAACACCUCCCUCCCCCAGCCCAUCUUCAGGGUCCUGACAUGAGGUUUAGGUUUACAUAGACUUGGUUGAGUGUGGUCCCGCCCAUCACUGCUUUGUCAUUGUCCAGGCUCCAAUCUCUCAUGUAAAAUAAUCUGACAAGUUCUCAGAACUGUGAAACGUCUUUAAGAGAAAAGCUCUCCUCUGGCUGGCACCAGUCUUCAGGUUUUCCUUUCUCCAGCAUGAGAUACCUAGAAAAUUCCAGAUUUGGGGGGCACUUGUUUAGUAGUCUGCUAUCCAAUGAAAGGGUUUUAAACAUUCCUUUGAGAUAUCUUCAUUCCAAAAUAAGAUAUCGCGGCUCAAGACAGUAAUUCUGGUACUUGGAGCUCUGAGCUCAAGGCAAGCCUAGGCUCUACAAUGAAUGCCAGGCCAGCCAGGGAUGCAGAGUGAGACACUAUCUUCAAGCAGGCAGGCAGGCCAGCCAGCCAACAAACCAAAAGCAAUCAACAAACAAAACCCCAACUUUAUUCAUACUCCUGGAAUCUAGGAAUUGUUCAAGGAAUGAUAGCAUCUUGAACAUCAGAAUUUUUUAAAAUUUUUUCACUAAUAUUAGAAAGUUUCAUUUUGUUAUCAAAUGGAUUUUUUUUACUCAACAUUGAAUUUUGGGUUCUCAUAUUUGAAUGAAGAACUUAAUCCAUUCUGAUUCAUUUCUUUGUGACUUUUUUCUUUCUUCCUUUGGGAUAGGGUUUCUCUGGGUAGCCCUAGCUGUCUUGGAAAUCGAUCUGUAGACCAGGCUGACCUUGAAGUCACAAAGCCACCUUCCUCCGCCUCCUGAAUGCUGGGAUUAAAUGCAUGCAUGACCACACUCCUUUGUUUUAUUCUUAUCCUAGUUUGGUUUCUAUUGCUGUGAUAAAGAUUAUGACUAAAGGCAACCUGGGAAAAAGCUGUUUAUCUUAGCUUAUCAUAUUUCAUUGCAAAGUGAAGUCAUAGUUUGUAUUACCAUAGCCACCUGGGCCCUCCGGUGUCAAUCAUUGACUAAGAAAAUGCCUCACAGACUUGCCUACAGAACAGAUUGAUGGAGUCAAUUCCUCAACUGGGAUUCCCUCUUUCCCAAUAUUUCUAGGUUUGUGUCAAGGUGACCGGGAAAAAAAGCGUAAAAUGUUCUUUUAUUGUAUUGUAUAAUGACUACUGUGACCACUGUGGUGGUUUGAUCGGUAUGGCCCCCAUAGACUCGGAUGUUUGAAUGUUUGGCUAUAGAGAGUGGCACUAUUAAGAGGUGUGGCCUUGUUGGAAGAAGUGUGUCUCUAUAGAGGUGGGCUUUGAGGUUAUAUAUGCUAAAGCCACACCCAGUGUGAUACACAGUCUCCUGCUGCAGCAUGGAAAUCAAGAUGUAAUGCUUUUGGGGCUGGGGAUUUAGCUCAGCGGUAGAGCGCUUGCCUAGGAAGCGCAAGGCCCUGGGUUCGGUCCCCAGCUCCGGGAAAAAAAAAAAGAAAAAAAAAUCUCUUGAAGAUGUAAUGCUUUUGUGUCAUGGUAUCUCUUCACAGCAAUAAAACCCUAACUAAGACAGCUACAAGAAAAAAAGUAGGAUCUUCUCUUUACUGAAGAGUAAACUGCCAAGGGAAUGUCUUCAGAUGAAUUCUUUCCCUCAGUAUGCACUCAGUAGAUUCCCAGAACUGACUAUCUGUGUCUUUGCAUUCUGGGCAGUGUCCCUGUCUCCAGGGCAUUUUCUUUGUUCUCUUUGUGUUACUGUCUCUGAUGGGUCUUCCAGUUUCCCCCUCAUUUCCUGGUUUCCAUCUCUUUGUCAUCGGCUCUAUUUUCUGAAUGAUUUCUUCUGUUUUAUGUUACAAUUCUCAAUGGGAACAUUUCAUUUUUGCCUUUAGAUAUGCGGUUUCCGAGAACUCUUUGUUAUUCUCUGAAUUUUCAGAACAACUUCACCCACUGUCCUCUGUUCACAAGUGCAAAAACCCUGCUGUCUUCCUGCAGAAUCAGAGGGCAGCUUCCUGUUGUCUUGUCUUUGGUUUUGUUCCCAUCUGUCCUCUCUACAGUCCCUGCCUGUUUCUGCCUGUCAUUCACAGAAAGAGUGACACUGGCUGUGGGCUCAUAUUUCAAAACAGUACCGAGAAGCUAACAUCAUUGCACUUUGUGGGGACAUCUGUCUGGGGAACUCCCAGUGGUCCUGGUCUGUGGAUCUGAAGUUUCCCAGUCUCUGUCUGGGACUUAUGAAACCCAGGUCUCUGGAGGUUGAGUUAGUGAAUCAGGUAAGAAGGUGGCACCUCAUAGUUCCAGACGUAGAAAUGUACAGGAUCUGUUUUCUGAGUCCUAAGAUAGAAAAGAGAGUUGGUAGGGCCAAUUACUUCUCAUCCACUCCCCUUGCUCAUCUCACAGACACCAGCUAAUGUUAGGGUUAUAGGAGAGUGGCCAUGUUCUUAUGACCUGGAAGAAAGAAACAUACCUAGCAGUUAGUAAAGAGAAUUUAAAGCAGACCACAUCUCCAAGUCUUUACCCUCUCUCGGUCCCACUCUCUUGGCCACUACUGUAAUCUCACCUUGACCCUAGUCUUCAGAGAUCACCUUCAGCCCAGGUACCUGAGUCCUCUACACUACUGUCUUUGGAUUUCAUUGAUCUCCACACGUCAGCUAACCAAAAGCUCCUAUAUUUCUGUGAUUACAAACUGUCCUUUUAAAAAAUACUUUCAUCUUUUAAAAUUAUUUUUAAAUUAAUUUUUCCAAUUUAAUUUUACUUUCAGAACAAUAGGUUUUGUUACAAUAUUCUCAUACUUGUAUAUCAUUGUACUUUACUCAUUUUUCAUACACUGGGAGCAAAUUUAUUUUUAUUUUAUUUUUAAUUAAAUUUUUAAUUUUGAUUAUUUUAUGUAUGUGAGUACACUGUCGCUGUCUUCAGACACACCAGAAGAGGGCAUCAGAUCCCAUUACAGAUGGUUGUGAGCCACCAUGUGGCUGCUGGGAAAUGAAUUCAGGAUCUCUGGAAGAGCAAUCAGUGCUCUUAACCACUGAGCCAUCUCUCCUGCCCAUUUCUAUUAUUAUUAUUAUUUAUUAUUUAUUAUUAUUAGUCCUUUUAGAAAUUUUAGGAAAAAUUCAAGAGAAGGUAUGUGAUGCAAAAUGAAUAUUUUGACUGCCUUGCUUAUGUGCUUGUUUACACACACAUGCCCAAGAAUGUAUUAAAGAUGCAGAGAGAAGAAUAUGAUUUGGAAACUAGGUAUAGCCCAUUGUGGUCAAAGAUCCUCUAGAAGUGCAAAUGUAAGCAACAGUAUUUUUCAUUUCUAAUAUAUAACUUCUUAUAUUGGUUCCUUAUAAAUACAGUCUUUAAAAAGAAACCUUGAGGGCUGGAGAGAUGGCUCAGCGGUUAAGAGCACCCGACUGCUCUUCCAGAGGUCAUGAGUUCAAUUCCCAGCAACCACAUGGUGGCUCACAACCAUCUGUAAAGAGAUCCGAUACCCUCUUCUGGUGUGUCUGAAGACAGCUACAGUGUACUUAUAUAUAAUAAAUAAAUAAAUCUUUAAAAAGAAACCUUGAGGAAGAAAGUUCCCUUCCACCUUACUGUGUUUACAUAAAAAUAAAGUUGAGAUUGUGCGCCUUGAUAGGAUUGCAUUUUAUACCCGAAGAAUUAAGAGGCACAGAACAUGUAUCUUCUUGUAGCUGUUUCUUGAUUCAACAGUUGCACUUUCGCAGGGGAAGAAUUAGGGCAUUCACUUGGAUACACAAUGUUUCCAGUGUUCUACAGUUCCCUUUGCAAUUCCUUUAUUUAAUUUUAGGCAGUUCACUUAAAAAUUCGAACCAGGGCUGAACUAAUCUCUCUGUUCAAAAACAAUAUUUGCCAUCAGCCUAGAUUUUAGAUUUUAUUUAGUCCACACCUGUCUGGAUACAAGGUUGUACAAAUAUUUGCUGUCAGUAUAUGAGUUGAGACCACAUAUUUGAGGGCAAACCUGUGUAGAUGUCCAGAGGGAUGCACCGCCCCCCCCCCCCAACGAUGUUGCCUAUCAGUUUUUAGAUGGCUUGCUAUUUCUGCUUCUUUUGUGUGAGGCCCAGUAUUGGGUCACCUGAGUGGAGUUGAAGAGGAUGGGGGCAGGGACUGCUGAUAGGCCAUGUCAUUCUUUUCCAAUGCCUGUACUAAAUUGUUUGCCUGGACUAUUUUGUUUAAUCCUUUCACAAAAGCUCCAAGUUAGCAAUUAUUUCUAUUCCCAUUUCACAGAUAGCAAAGGAUUUCUCAAACUCUACCUUUUCUGACUCCAAAACGUAUCCUCAUACUCUUCCUAGGAAUUCUGGGAUGCAAAAUUAUCUAAGAAGCAUUAAGGCACACCUGCAAGUGGGCAUAAGGUAGAAAUAGCUUGAACCUGGGCUUUGGACCCAUAUUCAACGGUCUUCAAACUCCAUCUCUGGGUAUCCCUGGCUAUGUUACCAUAGCGACAAGCCAUGCAACCACUGUGGACACUGUCUAUUCUCAUCUCCUGUGGAAUGUGUACAUAAGGAAGACUAAAACAUGUAAAGUUGUGGUGGCUGCCCUGGGAUCUGUUAUAGAAAAUGUCUAUUAUUUUCCUCUUCUUCCUUCUUUCUCUUGGAAGUGACAGGGGUGACUUCAGAUUUGAAGUUGCUUUGGCAAGGGGAUAUGGAAUAAACAGAGCCUAGGUUGGGAGACUAGGAGACCAAGCUCACUUUGUGAGGGGCGUUGAGGUAUCUGGUCUAGCCUCAUCCUAAGUCCCUUGUUUAUGGCCUUGGAAGAUGACGGGGUGCUUUCACAGAAGGUGUACCCUGGGCAAUGCCACACACAAAUUCUCAGACCCAAAUCUUGAGAGUCUUAUCUAGUUUCUUGAAGAAGGGACACAUGCAGACUGAAGAAGGCUGGGGUUUGGAAGACGCUGCUCCCCAAGGCUAGUGGGUGCUAAGGGAGAGAAACCCUCCAGGGACAGGGGAUAGAACUGUAAGAUUGAGAACUUCCAGAACCCAGAAGCAUUGCAAGGUACUGGGACAAUAUGGAGGCUCUCCCAAGAGGGGUCUUGAUGUGAGUUUCAUCUUGGUUCAGUCAGGAUGUCCCCACUGAACACAAAUGUUGCAGGAUAUUGGCUCAAACUGUGAACCCUGAGAUUGGGUUAUUUACUAGAAAAACUUGCUUUUAGUUGUGGUGUGGCUUAAUCUUAGCACACACCGUUAAUCCACGAGCUUUCUGCAUCAAUAUCAUAAACAGGAUUAAAUAAAGUCAACUGUGGAUUAAGAGGCAGAGCAAGCAACCAGUUAACAGGAAGUGAACAUGGAAUUAUUAAGAAAAAAAAAAACAUAGAGGGCUGGAGAGAUGGCUCAGCAGUUUAGAGCUCUGACUGCUCUUCCAGAGGUCCUGAGUUCAAUUCCCAGCAACCACAUGGUGGCUCACAACCAUCUGCAAUGGGAUAUGAUGCCCUCUUCUGGUGUGUCUGAAGAUAGCAACAGUGUACUCAUAUACAUAAAAUAAAUAUUUUUAAAAAAGAAAGAAAAAGAACAUAGUAAGAAGGAGUCAGGAGUAUGGAUAGAGAUGCACAGGAAACAGAAGGGAGGGACAUUUAGUUUGAGGGGUUUUUGAGGCAAGAGAGAGGGCAUUCCUGAUGGGUCAACUGAGGAGGAAGGUCAGCUGGGUGCUUUCUCUAACUCUCUGAGCUAGCAGGCUUUCCCUCCAGCCUCUGGCUCCUGAGUCUUCAUUGGUAAAAUUCAAUGUCAAAAAAAAAAAAUAACACUCAAGUGCUGUGGCUUGGGGAAGAAAUUAGAAGGCACAAUGACUGUGGGUUUCUGGUUGAUUCUCCAGAGCAAUGUGUCUUCUGAUCAUGUUUCUAUCAGAUGGGGAGAAAACUUACCUCCAGAGAAUACUGUAGCAAACAUGUAAUGUCCUAUUGCCUAUAGGAUACUUUCAGCAUGGCCUGCCACCUGUACCCUCUAUUGAAAUCUAUUCUUACAUGCUGGGCUGGGUCAGAUCAGCAACUCAUAGCCUAAUAGGCAUUGGUGCGAUGGGAUCAGGGGCUUUGCUCUUUGACAUCUAAUCAAGGCAAGGAUGGUACGAAGUGGAACCCAGAUUCAGUUUCCAGUCCUGAGAGAUGAAGCUUGAGAAACCCACAUUACCUCUCGGGCUUCAAGACUGGCUCACUCUUCUCAGAUUGCCCUCUGAUCUUUCAUAGGCCUCUUCAUUUGAGGACAGCCCAUACUGUGAUGGCAGUGACCCAGCCUCGCAACCAGGGCUGCACAGGAUGGCAGGCUUGGAGAAACUGCAGUGACAAGGUCUUGAAAAAAAAUUAAAUUGCAUCAGAAGCCCCCCCGGGGAGAUCACAAAAUCCUGUUCCUCAGAUUUGGAAAGGCACCAACCAUACAUACUCACAAAGUCAGUAAAGAUGUUCUUGAGACCCUAGUACAUAAAGAAUAUUUACCCUGAGUUGGGGAUUUAGCUCAGUGGUAGAGUGCUUGCUUGCAAGGCCCUGGGUUCCGGUCCCCAGCUCUGAAAAAAAAAGAAUAUUUACCCCAUAUCACAUUUAAUUUGCUUUAGAAAAAAAUGUCAGUUGGGGAGUAGGGGGAGAAAAAGAUGGAGAGAAUAAAAAAGAUAGGGGGGAAAAAAGCAAGAAAAAAAAAAAGCAUUACUGGCUGCUAUUACUCAUGAUGAACACUAGAUGUCGCCACCACCAUGCUUUGAUCUAAAAAAAAGACGGCCUUUAACUCUCCCAAAACUCUUAGAACCUAGUUUCUAAAAUUGAAGACAAACCCAAAACAUGAUUCUUCUUCCUUCUGAUCUUCAUUUGAUCAGACAUUCAACUCUAAGCUAAUAUCCAGAUGCAAUUUUGUCUGGAAGUGUAGAUUUGAAGCAGGACCAUCUUGUUCAAUGUUGAGUGAAGACUGGAUAGCAGCAAUGAAAACCUGCGGGGCAGUCCGGAUAACCACGCCCCAAGAGAGAGGGAUUCCGAAUGCUGUGCGUUGAGUUGUGGGAUGGGCCCCUGCCCGCACCAGGCUCGGGCAUAAGGAUCUCCUUUGCCAAUGAAUUCAAAGGUAAAUGGUAAGAGAGGGUGGGCCAAGAAAUAAUAUCAUAACUGCUGUUCUGAGAUGCUUAAGGAGUUUGUGCUCCUACAACCCUCCCCUCCGACCCCCAGCUUUUUACCAGCAUCCAUUAAGGCCAGCCUCACCUAGGACCAAGAUCUACCGUCUGCCCUCUGUGUGCUCCUGCCCUAACUAUCUUCAUUCAGACCCUCCCUCCCUCCCAACACACCCCUCACUGGCCCCCUUCCGAUGUCAAGUUAAAUACCCUCCUUCAGAGUCUCCUCUUGAAUUCCCCAGACAAGUAUGUUUCCCACCCUUCUUAUUCCUGCCCCUGGCUUUAUCAAUCCUGGACCUUACCCGUGCUAUUUCUGUUACGGACGGCUCGCCUGUUGCCUUCACACCUAGAUUAUAUUAUAUGUAUGGCAGAAGUACCAGCCCUACCCCAUACCUGUGCGUGUGAGACUGACCUGCACCAUGCGAGCCCAGAGAACAGACUAGAAAGAACUUUAUCAGGUUUAGCAAGGAAACGACGGAUGCCUGUGAGCACUACUAGAGACCACCUCUAGUAGUCUAAUAAUUAACCCAUUUAUUAAUUAAUAAAUAAUCCAAGGGCUGAAGUCAUUGAUACUUUAAAAUGGAGCAUAUUAAUAAGCUAGAUUCUUUAUGCUCUUUGGCAUGUCAGAGCGAACUAUGUCCCCUGCCUUGAAGCUGCUGUUGUCUACCCGGUCAGGCCUUCUUAUCAGGGUUUGAUUGGAAGCAAAUUACUGGGUAGUUGGGACAAAGUUAACUGAAAAUUAACUCACAUAGGAGCUUGUUGCACGAAGUAGAGAAGGGAAGUCAGAACCUGAGCCCUGUUAUGGAACUUCUGUGCAGGUCCGAGUGUGAACUACAUCCUGGUGCAACAGAGAGAGCUUCGUGAAGUGUGGUAGCAGCCCGACCUGUUAACUUUUUUUUUUCUCCAGAGCUGAGGACCGAACCCAGGGCCUUGUGCUUGCUAGGCAAGCGCUCUACCACUGAGCUAAAUCCCCAAACCAUCCUGUUAACUUUUUAAAAGAUUUAUUUAGUUACUUUUAUGUGCCUCGGUAUUUUGUCUGUAUGUACAUCUGUGUGAAAGUGUCUGAUCCGCUGGAACUGGAGUUACAGACAGUUGUGAGCUGCCGUGUGGGUGCCCGGAAUUGAAUCUUGAGUUCUCUGGAAAAGCGAUCAGUGCUCUUAAUCACUGAGCUAUCUCUUCAGUCCUCAGAGCUGUUAACUUUUAUUUAGUGUGUCUAGAUACUAGCGUCUUAUCGAGCCCUCUCAGUGUAUUGUGGUUAGCUCUCACGGUGAUGUUGAGUCAGCCGCUGCUAAGGACUCCAUGUACAGAUGAGAGAGCUUGGGCAGAGCCAACACACAGCAAGACAGAACAGAAACCGGAGCUUUGCGGCCACUGCCACCUCACCAUGAGCCUUUGGACUGACCUGUACCUGUGUUCUACGGGGCCAGUCGAGCUGGGCGGUGAAGCUGUUGGGUGUCCUCAGUGGUUCCUUAUAAAGUUUGAGCCUCACUGGCUGUGAGGAGAGAGACUGACAUCUCAUGGCAUCUCUUAAGCCUUAUAGUGUGUUUGAGUUCUGCCUUGUAGUCAGAGAGACUCGUAACUGUGCAUGAGACAUCAACUCCAUGCACAAGGUGGAUAGAGUGUGCAGGACAGGUGAGCCUCUUCAGAACUCUCUCACAAGGGACUGGAGGUGCACUGAUCUGGCUCUCAAGGUUCUGGAUUCAAUCCACAGAAAAGCCAAGUCCUCCUCCCCAGAAACUCUCCCACAGACAUGGAACAUUUAUGUCUGAUUAGCCUGGUAGAUGCCCCUCAAAGAUGAAUGUGUCAAAGGCUUAGUACACUGGGAGAUGACACAAUCUCUAGGAAAUGGGAGCAUGCCCUCGGAAGGGAUUGUGGGACACAGUCUCUUUGGUCAGUUUUGCUCAUACUCUGUCCAUUGUAAUAUACACCCUCUUCAGAGGCCCAAAGCAAUGAGGUUGCUGGAUCAUAGAUUAAACCUUCAAGGCAGAAAGAGACACUAAACCACAUUCCUAUGUGCAUUGUUUGCCUCCUGUGUGUGUGUGUGUGUGUGUUUAUAUGAGUGUGAGUGUGUAUAAGUGUGAGUAUGUGUGCACUUGUGUGUGAAUGUGAGUGUGUAUGUGUGUGUGUGUAUGUGUGUGUGUGUGUGUGGUUUUGUUUUGCAAUAGGGUCUCAUUGUGUAACCUAGGCUUUUUUUUUUUUUUUUUAAUUUGCCAUUCCCCUGCCUCAGCUUCUAGAGUAUUGAAUUAGAGCUGUGAGCUAGCAUAGCAAAGCUGUCAGAAGACUGUUGUUCGUCUGUUUGUUGGAGAUGGGGUCUGAUACUCUCGCCCACCCCCAGGCUGUCCUUGAACUGACUAUAUAGCAAAGUGUGCUGCUUCCGCUUCCUGAUGUAGACUUCCAAUCUCAGCUCAGUGAGAGAUCGGAACACAUUUCGCCCUUCCGAGUCUCCGUUCCCCCAAACACAAGGAUAAACAGAAUAUCUGGGACAACCUCGGCUUGUAAUGAGUGGCAUGUAAAGAAAAACAAGGGGCAGGCAAGACUGUGGCUAAUGAAGGAAGCUUCUUCAUCAGCCCCUAAUGUCAGUCUACUCUUGGUAACCACAGCUGUAGUUACUGAGUACAGACCACGUAAUGCUGCCAGUGUCUGUAGACAUAUAGGAGUUAGUACCCCUCUUUUACAUACGAGGAGACAGAGGUGGAGGGGUAAGUAUUUUGUGUGAUCAUUUGAUUAGUAGGAGAGGCCUAAUGGUCACUUCAGGCAUCUGGCUACCGUGCCUCCUGUGAGGUCAGCUCAGAGCCAGGACAGGUAUGUAGAACUGCAUUAUCUCAGAGAGGGAUUUGUUCUCAACCUUUCCCCUGUCCCAAUGCACCUGAGGCUAAGUGACUUUGUUCUGACCUUCUUCCUACUCUGCUCUAGAUUUUGAACUACUGUCCCGAGGUUCAGUCCAUUUCCCAGUGCAUGAAUUUACCCAGCCUUUAUGGAUCCGUAAGAUUGCUAGGGAAAUUGAUCUUCCCAAACAAAGGGUGUUACCAGGACUGACAGCUAUGUUUGAGUUGAAUUUAAAUAUUACCAGCCAGUCAUGGUGACACAUGCCUGUAGUCUCAGCAAUUUGAACUGAAGCAGAUGCAGGAGGAUUGUGAAUCUGAAGUCAACCUGAGUCACUUAGCAAGACCUUAUAUCAAAACAAACAAACCAAAAUAAAACACAUUCCUUAGCAGCUGACAACUCAGACACCAAGGUGGCAACACGGAUGAGGCCAGACUUAAGGGCCUUAUGUAUGGCUGAGGCUGCCUCUCCUGCGUACUCCUUAUUCGGACCCCAAUAGCUUUUACAUCUUAGGACACUCAUUCAUAUUCCCUACAACUUGAAAUUGUAGUCUUUACGACUGCCCAGAAAUUACUAGGUGUUUAAGAGGUUGGGAUUUGUUUGAAUAUUCAGAACGCCAAAGCGGGAUGGCCAUGGGGGAAGGGAGUGUCAGCCGAAGUCAGAGCAGAAUGGGAUCCUCAGGUAGGAGCAACGCUAAUCCCCUGAACAUCUAGAGCUGAGAAGGGAAGUCUCCCAGCACCGACUGCAAUGUCAAAUCAAAGCGGAUUCUCACACAGGAAUGUGUUCCCAUGAUUUCAGAGGCUCUACAUCUCUGUGCCCACGACCACAGAGGGCAUGGUGCAUCUUUUUUUUAAAGAUUUUUUUUUUUUUUAUUAACUUGAGUAUUUCUUAUAUACAUUUCGAGUGUUAUU